GCUGGCUGUAUGGAGACCCCUGCUGACGGUCAGGGGUCAGAGAAACCCAGGAUCCGAGUGUUUCCUGGUGACAUCACGGGAUCUGGGAAGGUCUGAUUGCGCAGGACACAUCAUGCACGCGCGCGCUGCACUGAACCCUGGGAUACUACACAACUUUCACGCCCACGAUUGAUUGUUUGAAGGAGGGAUAAAUGGCAGACCUGACGAUUGGCACUUCAUUUGCUUGCGAUUCAGGUUGUGGAAGAGAUCAAAUAUCCACUUACACACGGACCCACGAAGGGUGGAUCGCACCGCCUGUCGUUACUGAAAGAUGAUGCAGCAGAUGAGCAAGCCGACAUUUGUGAUGGGGAGGCGCCUGUGUAACGGCCGUGCAAGCUCUCUACUGUCCUGCCGCCACCAGUCAUCUGCCUUAGACUCCGAUCUCCCGGGAGGGACAGGAGCGCCCACCAGCGGGAGGACAUACACACAGGUGGCAGUGCAACCCAGGUGUCUGCCUGCGGUCAGCGUGACUGCGUGGAUCUCGGACCUGGCGGCCAACGCCACACUGGACGACCUCUCUGACGUCACAGUGGCCCGCUCCAAGCGCAUGAUGCUGGAUACCCUGGGUGUCGGCAUACUUGGCUUCGGGUCAGAAGCCACUCGCAAAAUUAUGUCCUGUAUGCUGCAGUGUUACAGCACGACAAAAGGAGAGAGCGCCAUCUGGGGCUCCAACGGAAAGACCGCCUCGCCGCCUAUCGCUGCUUUCAUCAACGGCAUCAGCGUGCACUCGAUGGACUUCGAUGACACGUGGGACCCGGCCACCCAUCCCAGUGGUCCCGUGCUACCUGCAGUGAUGGCGCUAGCGGAGAGCCUGACGGGUGACUACAGGCCCACCCUGGCCGACAUGUUGGUGGCCUACAAUGUGGGGAUUCAGGUGCAAGGCCUGCUGCUCAGGUGUUCCGACAGCGCUCGCGCUAUACCUGACAGGUUCCACCCGCCUGCUGUGGUGGGGGUGAUGGGCAGUGCUGCGGCGUGUGCCCGCCUGCUCGGUGCGGGGCCGAGCACCGUCAGACAUGCCCUCGCCGUCGCCACGUCCUUCGCCGGGGCACCCAUGGCCAACGCAGGAACCCCCACCAAGCCAGUGCAUGCCGGGAAGGCCGCCAGGUUUGGGAUGGAGGCGGCGUUGAUGGCGUCGUACGGACUGAGCGGCAACCACGACAUCUUAGAUAUGAAGUCUGGCUUCGGCGCCUUCUACCACGACUACGACCCCGAGAGUUUCCUCGCCGCUCACAGCAGUAACAAGCACUUCAUCCUCCACUCACAGGAUGUCGCCAUCAAGCGGUACCCGGCUCACCUGGGCAUGCACUGGACUAUCGACGCCACCAUGGCCGUGAGAGAAGCCAUCUUGGCCAGUGGCUCAACCUUCCGCCAAGUCCGCCCUGAAGAUGUGAUGAGCAUCAUCAUCCGGGCACCUCCCUCAAAGUACAUCAACCGCCCCCUGCCGAGCACUACGGACGAGGCCCGCCACUCAUUUCAGUUCAACGCCUGCACCGCCCUCUUGGAUGGGGAGGUCACUCCCGACUCCUUUAUCUUGAGCUACAUGCGGCGGCCGCAGCUGCACGCCCUGCUGCGCAAGACGACGCUAGAGACACCUGCCGACAACGUGGCCACCUUCCAGGACAUGUACGUGGAGAUCCAGGUGACGAUGAAGAACGGGGAGGUGUUUAAGGGUAGAUGUGACACCCCUUACGGUCACUGGCGGCACCCGCUGACCCGCGCUGACCUGGAGAAGAAGUUUCUGACCAACACCAAGGACAUGUCUUUUAACCACCAGAGGUCUCUGAUCGCCACCGUCGACCUCAUGAACACCGACGAGAAAGCUGACGACUUGUUCGAAAUGUUGAGGGGUUAGGUGUUCAAAGUUGCGGGGGUUGGGGAGGGAUUUCGAGAAGUCAUUGUAUCGUGCAAUGCAUCUGUUUACAUGGCAGUUGGCAUUCUUUUACCUGUUGAUGACAUGUACACGGCUACCUGCUUGCAAGGACCAAUAAUUAUUUCAGCGUCCCUGGAAAGAUGGGUGAGCUGUUACAUCGUGUACUUCCAGUUAAGAACAAAUAAGUUGAGCGCACACAAGUUGUACUACACACAGGUGUAGAGAGAUGUGUAGAGAGCGUGUAACUGUGUAACGGACUUGUGUCAACGACUGUCCUGCUGUUGAUUAGUUGAACUUGUAAGCAAAGUCUUCUCGGUGGACAUUAUGAGUGCAAGGUGGUCAUGUGAAGUGGUGUGCAGCUUGUAAGGGAGACAUGUUCAUCUCCAUCGUCGUUCCUGACUUUUGCUGCUUCUACAGUUAUCACCGGCGUGCCUCCACUGUCACUUGCUCCUCUAAGUCUGUGUAGUUGUCAGACUAAGGCCGAUUACGGAUUUGGUUGUUAUAUAUUUCACUUUUGUUAUACACCCUGCAGAUGUAUAGUCUGACGAGCUGAGUUUAGACUGUACACGUGUACACGGGAUGUAUAUGCGCGUGCACAUUGUAGCCGUGUAAUGGUUGUGUGCUUAUAAAUUGUUGACGACUUCGACUUGUACACAGAAAGCUGGCUUUCAUAUGAUAUUACAAACAUAUGGCACAUGAUGAGACUGAUUCCUUUUGUGCAGUCUUCCACUCACACUUAUCUGCUUGUGUUUGCGUGCGUGCGUGUAUGCGUGUGUUUGAGUGCGUGCAUAUGUGCGUGCGUGUGUGUGUGUUUGCGUACGUGUGUGCGGGUGUGUGUUGAAUCCGGCACACAGAUGGAAAGCAAGCAGACAAGUGAAGAAGGUUGUGUAGCUGGUUGGUGAUUGGCUAGUGAGCAGUGGAUCCCAAUCUGAUGACAAUCGUGGCAUUUGAAAACAACGAAGACCACCUGGCAGUUCAGUCUGUAUGACCUCCAUGACCCAGAGUCUGAGUGUCAGGUGUAUUCGCCAGGUGUGUGGUGCAGUUUAAAAUACCGAGACAUCAGUGUUGAGGGAUGUAGUCUAAUGUACAUCUCGUCUUUGGUUGUCUUGCUCAUCGGCACCAUCACAGCCACCACCACAAGUCGUCCUUUGUGGACAGAGCCAUGCUCGUCAUCUCUAGCAGCUCUACACAUGGCAGCGUGCUGUCCUACCGGACUGACAGAUGUGCUCACUGUGUUUGGUUUAUUACGAUAAAAUUACUUUUCUUAGAUUAUUUAUGUGAAAUAAAAAGAUUUGU